AUGGUAAGCCAGAGUGCAGGUGGAGAGAGGAAGAAGAAGAACAAGCAGAAGUUGGAGCGCCCAUGCCGCAGCCCUCCAGAAGAGGAGGUGGCAGUAAAGAAAAAAGAGGUGCCAUACCCACAUCAGGCAGCUGUCACCAAAGGCGGGCGCCCCAAUCUCUGCUCGGUGUGUGGGAAGAGUUUCCUGCACAGUUCGGAUCUGGUGAACCACCAACGGAUUCACAGUGGAGAUAAACCCUUUGUGUGUACAGAGUGUGGCCACAGCUUCAGGCAAAGUUCCACACUGAUCACACAUCAGCGCAUCCACACUGGUGAGGCCCCUUAUGCCUGUGGCUACUGUGGCAAGCGUUUCCGUGUCAGUUCCAACUUUGUGCGUCAUCGGCGCAUCCACACUGGGGAGAAACCUUACACUUGCCCCAUCUGUGCAAGAAGUUUCACUGACAAGUCGACACUGACACAGCACCAGCGUACACACACAGGAGAGAAACCGUAUCGCUGCUUAGACUGUGGAAAGAGCUUUAGCCGUAGCUCUCAUCGCAAGCGCCACUUGCACAACCCACCUACUCGAGGCCACUCUCGCUGUUCCCAUCGCCCACUUCCAUCUCCGCCAGAGAGGUGUAGUGACAAAGUGAAGGCCACCAAAGAAGCAAAGGCUAAGAAGCAGACAUGGGCAGUUCCUGCAGCUGAGCCAGCCGUUGAGAUCCCCAACACAUGUGCGGAAUGUUGGCAGAGCUUCAGCCAGAACUCAGACCUGGUCAAACACAUGCGCAUCCACACAGGGGAAAAGCCAUUCCACUGUAGCCACUGUGGCAAGCACUUCAGCAUCAGCUCAAACCUGACAAGACACCAGCGCAUCCACACAGGUGAGAAGCCAUAUGCUUGUGAUGCCUGUGGCAAGUGCUUCACUGACAAGUCCACACUAACACAGCACCAGCGCACACACACGGGCGAGAAGCCGUAUAUCUGCAUCUACUGCGGCAAGAACUUCAGCCGCAGCGCUCAUCACAAGAGACAUGAGCGCACUCACACAGCUGGGGAUAACCCACAGGCUCUCCUUCCACUCUGGCACCACCCCCCAUCACAGACUUUCUAG